AUGGAUUUAGUCAAUCACUUACCAGAUAGAUUAUUAUUUGCAGUACCGAAAAAGGGUAGAUUAUAUGAAAAAUGUUGUCAAUUAUUGAAUGGAUCAGAUAUUCAAUUUAGAAGAUCACCAAGAUUAGAUAUAGCAUUAUCAACCAAUUUACCAAUUGCAUUAAUUUUUUUACCAGCAGCAGAUAUACCAGUUUUUGUAGGAGAAGGUAAUUGUGAUCUUGGAAUAACUGGACUAGAUCAAGUCAUGGAAUCUGAUCAAUUUGAAAAUAUAAAUGAUUUAUUAGAUUUAAAAUUUGGAAAUUGUAAAUUACAAAUACAAGUACCUGAAAAUGGAAAUUACGAAAAACCAGAACAAUUAGUUGGUAAAAAAAUUGUUUCAUCUUUUACGAAAUUGGCUACUGAUUAUUUUGAAGAUUUACAAAAAGAUUUACUGGUUAAAGAAAAAAUUAGAGUAAGAUAUGUUGGAGGAUCAGUUGAAGCUUCUUGUGCUUUGGGAGUUGCUGAUGCAAUUGUUGAUUUAGUAGAAAGUGGUGAAACAAUGAAAGCAGCUGGAUUAAAAGCAAUUGGAACUAUAUUAAAUACAUCAGCACAUCUUAUAUCUUCAAAAGAACCAAAAUAUCCGGAAUUAGUAAAAACAAUUACAGAUAGAUUAGAAGGUGUUUUAGCAGCUCAAGAAUUUGUUUUAUGUAAUUAUAAUGCACCAAAAUCAAUAAUGUCUAAAUGUUUAAAAAUAACACCUGGAAAAAGAGCAGCUACUGUUUCAACUCUUGAUAAACAUUCACCAGAAGAAGAGGAUUGGGUUGCUAUAUCAUCAAUGGUUUCAAGAAAGAAAAUCGGCAAUGUAAUGGAUGAAUUAAAAAAAGUUGGUGCUUCAGAUAUAUUGGUUUUAGAAAUAUCCAAUUGUAGGGUUUAG